AGUUCCUUAGUGAUUUUGUGAAUACGCUGGUGUGCUAAGCUGCUGUAAUCAUGCCGGGAGAAAUAGAUAGCGGAGGAGUAAUCGAUCCGAUUAUUCCGGAGGAACCCCAGUCCGCGCCUAUGAAAACCGUCAUAGGCAUAAUCUAUCCGCCGCCUGAAGUUCGAAACAUUGUCGACAAAACUGCGAGUUUUGUGGCCAGAAUAGGUGUUGAAUUUGAAAACCGUAUCAGGUCACACGAAGCCGGCAAUCCGAAGUUCAACUUCCUCAACGUUGGUGAUCCGUACCACGCAUAUUAUCAGCACAAGAUCAAAGAAGCCCGAGAGGGGAAACCCCAAGAAGAAGCCGCUAUUACUCCUCCGGGAACAGGUCCAGUGGCAGCACAAGGGAAACCUGCUCCUUCAGUUUCAAAAUUGCAGUCGGAUUUCCUGAAACUCCACGUCGAUGCUCCUUUUGUGCCGAAAGACCCACCUGCGGAAUGGGAAUUCGUUUGCGAUCCCCCAUCGAUUUCUGCGAUGGAUUUGGAUCUCGUUAAACUAACUGCGCAGUUCGUGGCUCGCAAUGGAAGAACCUUCCUCACCGGUCUAAUGAAUCGAGAGCAGCGAAAUUUCCAGUUUGAUUUUCUUCGUCCGCAACACUCCCUGUUCCAGUACUUCACGAAAUUACUCGAACAGUACACGAAGGUCUUAAUCCCGCCUAAAGACCUCAAAGAACGUUUGAAUCGCGAUGGCGUGGAAUCCAAACAAGUACUGAAGGAUUCUGCUUAUCGUGCUGAAUGGAUCAAGUACGAAGAACGUCAGCGACGCCGGAUUGAAGAAGAGGAGGAACGCGAAAGAGUUGCUUAUGCUCAGAUCGACUGGCACGAUUUCGUCGUUGUCGAGACCGUGGAUUAUCAACCAUGGGAACAAGGCAGUUUCCCGCCGCCGACUAACCCCGAAGAAGUCGGUUCGCGGUCGUUGCUCCACGAACGCAUCGAAGCCGAAGGCGCCUUCGAAGAUGACGAAGACAACGACGUCGAAAUGCAAAUCGAGUCUGACGAGGAAGACGAACCGUCCAAAAAGUCUAAGAAACAGGCUGCGAAUAAGGCUUCGAAGCAAGACAAGCGUCCGCCACCACCACCGCCGAAAGAACGCCCAGCGCCGCCGCCUUUGCCCCCGACGCCCGAUCAAGUGCUGAUCAAGAAGGACUAUGACCCGAAAGCUGCGUCCAAGAAACCCACUGCCGCCCCGAGUGGCGACCAAUUUUUGAUUUCCCCGUUGACUGGAGAACGAAUCCCGGCGAGUUCCGUGGCUGAGCACAUGAGGAUCGGAUUGCUUGACCCGCGUUGGGUCGAGGAACGAGACCGAAUGCAACAAGAAAAGGCUCAGGAGGAGCACGUUUAUGCUCCCGGAAUCGCGAUUGAGAGUACGUUGAAGAAGUUCGCUGAGCGUCGAACGGAUAUCUUUGGUGUGGGUGAUGAGGAGACGCAGAUUGGUAAGAAGAUUGGCGAAGAAUCGGAGCAGCGCAGGGACGAUAGGGUCAUUUGGGAUGGGCAUUCGGCUAGUAUGGAGUCUGCGACUCGAGCUGCUAGAGCCAACAUCACCUUUGAAGAACAGUUGCAGGAGAUCCACAAGGCCAAGGGCCUCGUUGUGGACACUGAAAAGGAGAAAAUUGGACCGAAAGUUACGCAGGUUUCAAUGCAACAUCAGACGAUUCCUCGUCCGCAGCCGCCGCCUCCUCAGCCGCCACCGGUGAUGAUGGGUCUUCCUCCGACGAUGGUCAUGUUGCCAACGCCGACUAUGGUCAUCCCGCCGCCGGUGUUGGUUCCGCAGCCCGUUGGCAUGAUGCUGGGUGGUGUGAGGGCACCACAGAUGCCACAAGCUCCCAUGCAACAACAACAGAUGCAGCAAGACUAUGAUGAGCCUCCGAAUAAGAGGAUGAAGACUGAGGAGACGCUGAUUCCUGAAGCGCAGUUUAUGGCCAGGUUUAGGGGGCCGGUCAGAUUCGUGGUUCAUUUGCCCAACAUGCCUGACAAAACCGAAUGGCGUCUGGAUGGCAGAAUGGUCCCAAUGACGCUGCCAUUAACUGACACCGUUGCAGUCAUCAAAGCAAAAGUUCAUGACGAAACCGGGAUGCCGCCUGGUAAACAGAAACUUCAUCAAGAUGGUUUGUUCUUCAAAGACUCGAACACGUUGGCGUUUUACAACAUUGGACCGAGUUCGGUGGUUGUUCUGCAGCUGAAGGAAAGAGGAGGACGGAAGAAAUGAACGUUUCUUUGUGUUUUCUUUAUCUUGAAUUUCGAUUUAUUGGCUUCAUCUCUUUUUUUUUUUGAAUCAUGUCACUUUGAUUGGCUGAAAUAAGAAGUUUUGCGUUGCGUC